AGCAAGAUGACGAAAGGAACGUCAUCCUUCGGAAAGCGUCGCAACAAGACGCACACGUGGUGCCGCCGCUGUGGCUCUAAGGCCUACCACCUUCAGAAGUCUACCUGUGGCAAAUGUGGCUACCCUGCCAAGCGCAAGAGAAAGUAUAACUGGAGUGCCAGGGCUAAGAGACGAAACACUACCGGGACUGGACAGAGGAGGCACCGAACAAUUGUCUACCGAAGAUUCAGACAUGGAUUCCGUGAAGGGACAACCCCUAAACCCAAGAGGGCAGCUGUUGCAGCAUCCAGUUCAUCUUGA